AUGGGACACUCGCGACGUCCUGUCGGCGGGGAGAAGAAGAGUCGAGGUUUCGGUCGUUCCAAGGCCGCUGAUGUCGGCGAUGGGCGGCAGGGGGGCAAGCCUCAGGUCAAAAAGGCCGUCUUCGAGAGCACAAAGAAGAAAGAGAUUGGUGUGUCCGAUUUGACACUGCUGAGCAAGAUCUCUAACGAGGCUAUAAACGACAAUUUGAAACUUCGCUUCGAACAUGAUGAAAUCUAUACGUAUAUAGGACAUGUACUGGUGUCCGUGAACCCCUUCCGAGACUUGGGCAUUUACACCGACCGUGUCCUCGAUUCCUACCGCGGAAAGAACCGUCUGGAAGUCCCCCCUCAUGUCUUUGCAGUCGCGGAAUCCUCUUACUACAACAUGAAAUCCUAUAAGGAUAACCAGUGCGUGAUUAUCUCGGGGGAAUCUGGUGCUGGGAAGACUGAAGCUGCGAAGCGCAUUAUGCAAUACAUCGCGAGUGUAUCUGGGGGAACUGAUUCAUCUAUUCAGCAGACUAAGGAUAUGGUUCUGGCAACAAACCCUCUACUCGAGUCAUUCGGCAAUGCAAAGACACUGCGCAACAACAAUUCCUCCCGUUUCGGAAAAUACUUGGAAUUAGAAUUCAAUACUAAUGGUGAACCUGUUGGCGCCAACAUUACCAACUAUCUUCUGGAGAAAUCGAGAGUUGUAGGGCAGAUUACCCACGAGCGUAACUUCCACAUCUUUUACCAAUUCACAAAGGCCGCACCGCAGAAAUAUCGAGACAUGUUUGGUGUGCAACAGCCUCAAUCGUAUCUCUACACGAGCAAAUCGAAAUGCUACGACGUAUCCGGUGUCGACGAUAGUGCCGAGUUCCGCGAUACACUGAAUGCAAUGAAAAUCAUUGGAAUGAGUGAACCCGAGCAAGAUAAUGUCUUCCGUAUGCUAGCAGCAAUUCUUUGGAUCGGAAACGUUCAAUUCACGGAAGACGAUUCAGGAAAUGCGACCAUCGCGGACCAGUCGGUCGUUGACUUUGUUGCUUACCUCCUUGAAGUGGAUCCUGCCGAAGUGAAUAAGGCGAUGACCAUACGUAUUAUGGAGACAGCUCGGGGAGGCCGCAGAGGUUCCAUCUACGAGGUUCCUUUAAACACGACUCAAGCCUUGGCCGUACGGGAUGCACUUUCAAAAGCCAUUUAUUUCAAUCUCUUUGACUGGAUCGUGGAACGCAUCAAUUCUUCUUUGGCUGCCCGUGAGUCAGUGGCAAAUUCGAUUGGAAUUCUGGAUAUUUAUGGCUUUGAGAUCUUCGAGAAGAACUCGUUUGAGCAGCUCUGUAUCAACUACGUCAACGAGAAGCUCCAGCAGAUCUUCAUCCAGUUGACAUUGAAAGCGGAGCAAGAUGAAUAUGCGAGGGAGCAGAUCCAGUGGACCCCAAUCAAAUAUUUCGACAAUAAGGUUGUGUGCUCAUUGAUCGAAGACAAGCGCCCUCCAGGUGUCUUCGCUGCUCUGAAUGACGCUUGCGCGACAGCGCAUGCCGACUCCGGCGCUGCAGACAACACUUUCGUCGGCAGAUUGAACUUCCUUUCGCAGAAUCCCAACUUUGAGAACCGACAGGGUCAGUUCAUUGUUAAGCACUACGCCGGUGAUGUCAGUUAUGCGGUUGAAGGCAUGACAGAUAAAAACAAGGAUCAGUUGCUCAAAGAUCUACUGAACCUUGUCGGAACGAGUGGAAAUCAAUUUGUUCAUACGCUUUUCCCCAAUCAGGUCAACCAGGAUGACAAGAGGCGCCCCCCAACGGCAAGCGACAAGAUCAAGGCUUCUGCGAACGACUUGGUGGCAACAUUGAUGAAAGCCCAGCCAUCCUAUAUUCGAACCAUCAAGCCUAACGACAACAAGGCUCCUAAGGAGUACAACGUUGGUAACGUGCUGCACCAGAUCAAGUACCUCGGUCUUCAGGAGAACGUGCGCAUUCGACGUGCUGGUUUUGCCUACCGUCAAACUUUCGACAAAUUUGUGGAGCGCUUCUACCUUCUCUCGUCUAAGACGUCCUAUGCUGGCGAUUAUACUUGGACGGGUGAUGCUGAGUCGGGCGCUCGCCAAAUCUUGAAAGAUACCAGUAUUCCUGCCGAGGAAUACCAGAUGGGUAUUACUAAGGUGUUCGUCAAGACACCGGAAACGCUCUUUGCCCUGGAGGCGAUGCGUGACCGGUACUGGCACAACAUGGCUAUUCGAAUCCAACGUGCCUGGCGCAAUUACCUUCGUUACCGCAUUGAAUGUGCGAUUCGUAUACAGCGUUUCUGGCGCCGUACCACUGGUGGCCUCGAGUUCAUUAAGCUGCGUGAUCAGGGUCACCAGGUGCUUCAGGGACGUAAAGAGCGUCGAAGGAUGAGUUUACUUGGUUCGCGUCGGUUCCUCGGUGAUUACAUUGGGGUGGCCAACAAAGGUGGCCCUGGUGAGAUGAUCCUCAAUGGUGCUGGCAUUAGUGGGUCGGAUCCCGUUCUGUUCUCCUGCCGUGGUGAGGUUUUGGUUUCGAAGUUUGGUCGCUCCAGUAAACCUUCUCCCCGGAUUUUGGUCUUGACGAGUCGACAUGUGUAUAUUGUGGCGCAAACCAUCGUCAACAACCAAUUAACCAUUUCGUCUGAAAAGAUGAUACCUAUUGGAGCCAUAAAAUCUAUCAGUACUUCCAAUUUGAAAGAUGAUUGGUUUUCUCUUGUUGUUGGUGCACAAGAGCCUGAUCCUCUUGUGAAUUGCAUCUUCAAAACUGAAUUUUUCACUCACCUUUCCAAUGCUUUGCAUGGGCAGUUAAACCUGAAGAUCGGCGACCACAUUGAAUAUAACAAGAAACCCGGAAAGCUAGCCACUGUGAAGGUUAUCAAGGACGGUUCGACAGUGGAUACCUAUAAGAGUAGCACGAUUCAUACCAGUGCUGGCGAGCCUCCCAGCUCGGUCUCCAAACCAACGCCUCGACCCAAGCAAGUCGCUGCGCGUCCUGUUACUACCGGCAAGCUUCUUCGUCCUGGAGGUCCCGGCGGUGGGACUUCAAAACUGGCUUCUCGCCCUGUUCCUACACGCCAACCUCUACCUCAAAGCACUCCACAACCAGCAGCUGUGCAACCACUGCCAGCUCCUCAAGCCGCUCCACCCGUUUCUCAACCCGUUGCCGCCGUUGCUGCUUCUCAUGCACGGACGGCAUCGUCAGGCUCUAUGAGAGCUCCUCCGCCGCCGCCACCAUCGAAUCCCCCGGCACCUAAGAAACCGACUGCCAAGGUCUUGUAUGACUUUAGCAGCGGUCAGUCCAACGAGCUGUCCAUCCGGGCCGGUGAGAUCGUGCAGAUCGUUUCCAAGGAAGGGAAUGGUUGGUGGCUGUGUAUGAACACGGCGACCUCUGUCCAGGGUUGGACUCCUGAGGCUUAUCUAGAAGAGCAAGUUGCUCCUGCACCGAGACCUACUCCCCCACCACCCCCACCAGCAGCUCCCCGGGCGAGUCCAGUGCCCACAACGAACGGGGCCGCUACGGUGGCCGCAGCAAAGGCCAAGCCAGCGCCUCCAGCGCCACCUGCAAAGAGACCCAAUAUGGCGGGAAGAAAGACGGCACCUGCUCCCCCACCUGCACCACGAGAUAGUACAGUGAGUAUGAACUCUCAUGAUUCAUCUGGAGGCAGUGGACGAGGCACACCAAACAGUACAUCAAACGCAAGUUUGGCGGGAGGACUUGCCGAAGCAUUGAGAGCCCGACAAAGUGCAAUGCAGGGAAAGCAAGACGAUGACGAUGAGUGGUGA